GUGUUUCGUUGAGUACAUGUAAUGAGGUAGGAGGAGAGGGGUGUGUUCUGCAGAGUGCGGGAAAGCGUUUCCCUCUGUUGGGAGCCAACUGCACUCAGAGCGCCAGCCGUGACUUCACUGCAGCAGCCAUCAGCCUCUCGCAACCAGAGCUGCCCUCCUCUCCUCCUCAUCACUCUGCCACUCCUGCAGCAUUGAUCUCUGUUUGAACGGGACACUGGCCUGCAGCUCACUCACUGAUUCUGCAUGACUGUCACAAAGAUGUCAUGGCGCCUGUCCUACCGAAGCUCCAAGUUUCGAAAUGUCUAUGGGAAGGUAGGCAGCCGGGAGCACUGCUACGAUGGAAUCCCCAUUACCAAGAACGUCCACGACAACCACUUCUGUGCUGUCAACUCCAAGUUCCUGGCUGUGGUCACUGAGAGUGCUGGUGGUGGCUCAUUCAUCAUCAUUCCUAUUUCCCAGUCAGGCCGUCUAGACACUCACUAUCCGAAGAUAUGCGGCCACCAUGGCAAAGUACUUGACAUCAAGUGGAACCCCUUCUUUGAAAACGUCAUAGCUUCAUGCUCAGAGGACAGCUCGGUGCGAGUAUGGGAGAUCCCAGACGGCGGCCUGAGGCGUAACAUGACCGAGGCUGCGCUGGAGCUAUAUGGUCACAGCAGACGGGUGGGUCUGAUCGAGUGGCAUCCCACCAGCAAUGGCAUCCUAUUCAGCGCUGGCUAUGAUUAUAAGAUCCUGAUCUGGAACUUGGAGAUCGGAGAGCCAGUAAAAAUGAUUGACUGCCAUACAGAUGUCAUCCUUAGCAUGUCCUUCAACACAGACGGCAGCUUGCUGGCCACCAGCUGUAAAGACAAGAAGCUGCGAGUCAUUGAGCCUCGCUCUGGCAGAGUCCUUCAGCAAGCCAGCUACAAGAACCACCGGGUAAACCGAGUGGUUUUCCUGGGCAAUCUCAAGCGGCUGCUCACCACAGGCGUCUCUCGUUGGAACACACGUCAGAUUGCUCUUUGGGAUCAGGAGGAUUUGUCCAUGCCAUUGAUGGAAGAGGAUAUUGAUGGUCUCUCAGGAUUGUUGUUUCCUUUCUACGACUCUGACACUCACAUGUUGUACCUGGCAGGCAAGGGAGAUGGCAACAUCCGUUACUUUGAGAUCACUACAGAGAAACCAUUCAUCCAGUACCUAAUGGAGUUCCGUUCCCCGGCCCCUCAGAAAGGAUUAGGCGUGAUGCCAAAGCGUGGUCUGGAUGUGGGAGCUUGCGAAGUGUUUCGCUUCUACAAGCUGGUCACGCUGAAGGGCUUGAUCGAGCCCAUUUCAAUGAUCGUACCAAGAAGGUCAGACACAUACCAAGAAGAUAUUUACCCAAUGACAGCAGGAACAGAACCUGCACUCUCAGCCACUGAGUGGCUCAGUGGCAUCAACAGAGACCCCGUCUUAAUGUCCCUUAAGGAUGGCUACCAUCGGCCAAACAAAUUAGUGUUCAAGGCCCCCGUGAAGAAGAAAAAAGAUGUGGUCGUGAAUGGCAUCGACUUGCUUGAGAACAUUCCACCCAGAACAGAAAAUGAGCUCUUGCAGAUGUUCUUCAGGCAACAAGACGAGCUGCGGAGGCUGAGGGAGGAAUUGAGCACCAAGGAUGUGCGAAUACGCCAACUGGAGCUGGAACUCAAUAACAUGAAGAAUUUCAGCCCCAACAUUUGACCUCUGACAAAGCUGCCUGCUUUGCCUCUAGUUUGGACCUCCCAAAAGCUUUGAAGCCUCCCUCCAUGUUUGACCUUAUACGCCAGCCUAACUCCAGCUGCCCCGCCUCACAUAUACUAAAUGGUCAAUGAACAAUCUUUUUUUGUUUUUUUUAAAUCAAGGUAGUCAAGUUAUGUCAAGUCUGCAAUAUUGUAAUCAAGACAAAUAUAUGUUCCGGAAAAGAGUAGGGGGUCAUUGAUUGCCACAUUGAGGCAAAGAUUGCAAUCAGUAAAAUGUUAUUUUACAUUGUUAUGAAUUCAUUGGAUUGGAAAAUCUGAUGAAUAGUUGCACAUUUGCACCGAAUACAGUCAAUAGUGUCAUCAUCUCAAAAUGGCCAACAUGUACUUAGGUACAAUGUGUAUUAUUUCUUCCCAACACUGAUACAAUUGCUCAAGUACAAUCUUCCUCUGAGGAGAGUCAACGGCUAACAAGCAGGUACGAAGCCUUCGGUCAACAACUCAGCCUUAAGGGACCUUUUGCUGAUGCUUAUUUGGUUUUGGGGCUAAUUACAGGGAUAGGGGUUGUAUUAUACAUUUGCUACUGUUUAUUUGUUGUUUUUCUCUUACUGUUCCUAUGUGGCUGAGCAAGUAAUGAUUGUGAUGAUUGAUAGAUUUCACUGAAUGUUUACAUUUAAAUGAUGCAAGAUUGUUGUUUAAGUGGCUCAUUUAUGGCUUUUGACAAUGUCACUAUAAUUUCAGACAAGGUAUACUGUAUGUAUAGGUAGUAUUAUACUCUCAAUCACUAAUCCCCUUAGUUGUUAAUUUAAGCCAUUUUCACUUGUAGGAAAUGUCUAAUUUUUCUCCGUCUCUAACAAUAGAAAGACAUGCUAACUUUAAACCCCAUAUUUGAAAAGCUUAUAUACCCUACUCUUCUUUUGACAUAACAUCCGUAAAAUUGCUCUUUUGUUUUUUUUUCUUGGCAAUGAAAAAUAAACUUCAAACUAAUACUGUCAUUAGUGGACGUAGAAAGAGCAAAAUAUAUGUUGGUUACAGUAUACAGUGUGUGUUACACAAAUGAAAUGUGAACCAAGAAAAAGUUUUAGUAAAGGGUGAUUCUUUUACCCAGUUUGAUCACUUGUGUGAAUUAUUGUUACAACUGAGCAUCAUCAUCUUUUAUUGAACCUUGUUCGAUUGUGCAAGGGGUGGACUGUAACUUAUGAUGUAGUCAGUUAUCUUGCAAAAGUUCUACUGAAAGUAUGACUGGGAAUAUAAGAUACUGUACGGUAAAGGGAAAUGGGCAUCUUGUGAAGCUGACUUGUGAACAUGCUGGAAGAGGCACAGAAAAAAAAAAUAGAAUA